CGUCUAGUCAUUCGUUGAACGUGUCGUUGUAGAGCGUUGGUAUUUCAUUGAUUUUCCACCAAAGAUCAGGCUGUUUUCUGGUCAACUGGUACGUUAGAUCAGUCAACCAUGGCAGAGGAAGACGCAGUAGACCCAGAUUGGUGUGGUUAUGAAUGUAAGUCAGGACAGAUUCUGUUCUACUAUAACAAGAGAACAGGAGAACACAGAUGGGAAGGUGGUGAUUAUAUUUUCAUGUCAGAGANAGAYAAAAUAGAUCCAGAUUGGUGUGGUUAUGAAUGUAAGUCAGGAGAGAUUCUGUUCUACUAUAACAAGACAACAGGAGAACACAGAUGGGCAGGUGGUGAGCAUGAAUUUAAGAACGAUUCUAGUCCAUCAGUAUCACAGGAGAUMCAGUGUGCAAAGACUGAUGACUGUGGAUGUACUAAUGGACAGACUACACAAACCAAAGGGAAACGUGUUAGACAAGAAAACAGAAAUUCAUCGAAGGAAAGUGGUUACUUGGAUGAGAAAGACGAGGAGUCGCAACCCAGUAAACAACGGUCGUUAGGAGAGCAUGUCACUGAAACAACAGGAGGAGAAGGUGAUAAAAAGAGAAGAAAAAGUAAAAAUCCAAAUGCAAAAACAAACAAAUGCACGUACUGCAACAAAGGAUUCGAAAAAAAACUUGGUCUCGAAAAGCAUGAGCGUAUCCAUACAGGUGUSAAACCAUACGAGUGUAAAUACUGUAAAAAGGCAUUUGCACAAAAAGGUGAUCUAAAGUGUCACGAACGAAUCCAUACAGGAGUCAAACCUUACAAGUGUUCAUACUGUGACAAGGCAUUUGCACGUCAAACUAAUCUAAAGACACAUGAGCGUAUCCAUACAGGAGUCAAACCAUACAAAUGUACACAAUGUAGCAAGGAAUUUACUAGAAGCGAUCAGCUAACUAGCCAUAAACUUAUCCAUGCAGGUGUCAAAUCACACAAGUGCACAUACUGUGACAAGGCAUUUACACAAAAAUGUACUCUAAAGGAACAUGAACGAAUCCAUACAGGAAUCAAACCAUACAAGUGUACCUACUGUGAUAAGGCAUUCACAAAACUAGGUAAUCUAAAAUAUCAUGAAAAMAUCCAUACAGGUGUCAAACCACACAAGUGCACAUACUGUGACAAGGCAUUUACACUCAAAGGUAAUCUAAAGGAUCAUGAACGAAUCCAUACAGGUGUAAAACCAUACAAUUGUACAUACUGUGACAAGGCAUUUAUACUACGAAGUACUCUAAAGGAUCAUGAACGAAGCCAUACAGGAGUCAAACCAUACAAAUGUACACAAUGUAGCAAGGGAUUUGGACUCAAAUGUAGUCUAAAGAAUCAUGAACGAAUCCAUACAGGAUUGAAACCAUACAAGUGUACAUACUGUGACAAGGCAUUUGCACGACGAGAACAUCUAAAGUAUCAUGAAGGCACCCAUAAAGGUGUCAAACCAUAUCAGUCAASCAUGGCAGAGGWAGAAGCAGUAGAYCCAGAUUGGUGUGGWUAUGAAUGYAAGUCAGGACADAUUCURUUCUACUWUAACAAGAGAACAGGAGAACACAGAUGGGAAGGUGGUGAUUAUAUUUUCAUGUCAGAGAGAGACAAAAUAGAUCCAGAUUGGUGUGGUUAUGAAUGUAAGUCAGGAGAGAUUCUGUUCUACUAUAACAAGACAACAGGAGAACACAGAUGGGCAGGUGGUGAGCAUGAAUCAAAGAAUGAUUGUAAUCCAUUAGUAUCACAGGAGAUCCAGUGUGCAAAGACUGAUAACUGUGGCUGUACUAAUGGACAGCAGACUACACAAAGCACAGGGAAACGUGUUAGACAAGAAAACAGAAAUUCAUCGAAGGAAAGUGGUUACUUGGAUGAGGCAGACGAGGAGUCGCAACCCAGUAAACAACGGUCGUUAGGAGAGCAUGUCACUGAAACAACAGGAGGAGAAGGUGAUAAAAUAAGAAGAAAAAGAAAAAAUCCAAAUGCGAAAACAAACAAAUGCACGUAUUGCAACAAGGGAUUCAAAAGAAAACGUGAUCUUCAAAAGCAUGAGAGUAUCCAUACAGGUGUGAAACCAUACAAGUGUACACACUGUGACAAGGCAUUUACACAUCAAAGUAGUCUAGAGAGACAUGAGCUUAUCCAUACAGGUGUCAAAGCAUACAAGUGUACAUAUUGUGAUAAGGCAUUUACUACCCAAGACCAACUAAAGAGUCAUGAACGUUGCCAUACACUUGUCAAACAAAACAAAUGUACCUACUGUAGCAAGGAAUUUUUAUAUCAGUACGAUCUAAAGAGGCACGAACGUAUCCAUACAGGUGUCAAACCAUACAACUGUUCAUACUGUAGCAAGGCAUUUACACUCAAAAGUCAUCUAAACGAUCAUGAACGAAUCCAUACAGGCGUCAAACCGCACAAGUGUACAUACUGUAGCAAGGCAUUUACACUCAAAGGUAAUCUAAAGGAUCAUGAACGAAUCCAUACAGGUGUCAAACCAUACAARUGUACAUACUGUGACAAGGCAUUUACACAACAUGGAGGUCUAAAGAGACAUGAAAGUGUCCAUACAGGUGUCAAACUAUACAAGUGCACAUACUGUGACAAGAAAUUCAGAGAAUCUGGUCAUUUAAAGAGUCACGAACGAAUCCAUACAGGUGUCAAGCCAUACAAAUGUACAUACUGUAACAAGGCAUUUUCAGAUCCCAGUUCUCGAAAGAGACAUAAACGAAUCCAUACAGGUGUCAAACCAUACGAGUGUACAUACUGUAASAAGGCAUUUUUAGAACGAAGUAAUCUAAAUAGACAUGAAAGAAUCUAUACAGGUGUCAAAUCAUACGAGUGUUCAUACUGCAAAAAGUCAUUCAAACAACAAUGUAUUCUAAAGGUACAUGAAAAUACCCAUAAAGAUGUCAAACCAUACAAGUGUACACACUAUUUAACCUUUUAA